CGAACCAGAAAUCUCCACCUCUGCCACCGCCCAAAAUCUCGCUCGAGGCUGAGAAGGAGAGGAUUGUAGAUCUUGAUAUAAGGAGACGUGUGUCGUCAAUUCAGUUGUUUGUGGGAUUGUCCUUGCGUUGAACGCUAGAAUGCAAUUCACCAUCGCCCAGACUGAGAAGGGGAGCGAUUCUCUGGGAGUACGCUAUGUGAUUUACGGCAUUCACCUGGAGGGAUUUCUCUUCUGUAAACUUAGGUACAGCCAGUUGCAUAAAUGGAAUGAAAAGUUGAGGCGUUAUUUUGGGAGCAAUCUUGUGCCACAUUUUCCACCUAAGAGUUAUCUUGUGCAAACUGAGUCUGCAGCUGAAGAAAGAAGACUUCAGUUACAGCAGUAUCUUCAGAAAGUUGGAGAGGAUCCUGUUAUAUCUGUCAGUGAAAUAUUCACCACUUUACUAAGAAAUGCACAACAGGAAACCUUUAAGAUUCAUGCACGAGCAAUUCUCUUGGAGAUUCUUCUGGCAGAUGGGAAAAAGCUUUUAAUUGACACCCAUACAACUCACUCAGCUGAACAGAUGUUGGAGAUUGUUGCCCAUAAGCUUGAAUUGGCCCGGCAGUUUCUGGAACACUUUGCCCUCUACCUCGUCUGUGAGCUUCCUAAUCAAGGAUACUCUGUACUGAAAAGGCUGAAUGCAUUUGAACUGCCAUAUGCGAGUCUCUGGAGCCGGCAGGAUGAGAAGUGCAAAAUAAUGAUUAGGAAAACUUACUUGGAUCCAUCAGAAAAUAAAAUACUUAUGCAAAGUAGUGGUGGUGUCUCGUUAUUAUACAGCCAGGCUGCAUAUGAGCUGGAGCAAGGCUGGGCCAGUCCUACUGAGGAGCAAUACCAGCAGCUGAAAGCUUUGCAAGAUGCAGAAAUGAAGACAGAGUUCCUUGAAACUAUAGAGGAAGUAAAGUUCUAUGGGUAUGUACUGUUUGAGGCCUGCACCUGUGAUUACCCAGAACCCAACUGUCCUUCUGUUGUUCGGGUGGGCAAUGAUGAGAUUAAUUGCUGCAUCCAGUUACCAAGUAACGAGAUCAAGGAAGUCAGCUUCAAGGUCAACAGAAUAAGAUGCUGGAAAAUCAGUCUGCAGGUACAAGAAGAAACAGAACUGAAACCAAAACUGAGUUUUGAAUAUCAAGAUAGUCCCGAUUUCGGGCAAUGGAUUACAAUUUAUACUUACCAGGCCUUUCUACUUAGUAGAUGCAUACAAGAAAUUGUAACAGAGAAACUGAAGGUAUCUGCAGGAUAUACAGAAAUGCAGAUUGAAAAUGCAAAAUCAGAAUAUAGGACCACACCCUGGGGCUCGCUGACUGCUUUGAAAUUCCUAUGUUUUGAUUUUCUGGUAAUCUGCUUUGUGAUCACCCAUUUGAUGAAUGAAAAUUAUAGAACAUGGAUUAGCACUUGGAAUAUCAAAACUUUGCAGCAAGUUUCCAAGACCGGAACCUCUGAGAGAGGUGCAAGAGAAAUGAGUCUGCAUCACAAUCAGCAAAUGGGAUCAGACCGUGAUCUCCAGUCCUCUGCAUCUUCUGUUAGCUUACCUUCUGUUAAAAAGGCACCAAAGAAACGUCGCCUUUCACUUGGAUCUCUGUUUCGAAGAAAGAAGGAGUCGAAGCGAAAGUCAAGAGAUUUAAGUGGUGGAGUUGACGGGAUUGCAAGUAUUGAAAGCAUUCAUUCAGAACUAUGUAAUGAUAAAAACUCAGUGUUGUCAACCUGUGGUUCUUCUGGAAAUGGGACUGCAUCUACUGACAAACAAAAUGGAGACUUUCUUGAAUGCCCUCUGUGCCUUUUGCGUCUUUCUAGGGACAGAUUCCCAGAAAUAAUGACUUGCCCUCACAGAUCAUGUGCAGACUGCUUACGGCAGUAUUUGAGGAUAGAGAUCUCUGAAAGUCGGGUUAAUAUCAGCUGCCCAGAGUGUACAGAGAGAUUCAAUCCACAUGAUAUCCAGUCAAUUUUAAAUGAUGAUGUGCUUAUGGAGAAGUAUGAGGAGUUUAUGUUACGCCGGUGGCUGGUGGCAGACCCAGACUGUAGAUGGUGCCCUGCUCCAGAUUGUGGUUAUGCUGUGAUAGCGUUUGGCUGUGCCAGCUGUCCUAAACUCACUUGUGCCCGUGAAGGAUGUGGCACUGAGUUCUGUUACCACUGUAAGCAAAUAUGGCAUCCAAAUCAGACUUGCGAUGCAGCACGUCAACAGAGAGCGCAGAGUCUGCGAUUAAGAACAAUACGCUCUUCAUCGAUCAGCUACAGUCAGGAAUCUGGUGCAGCAGGUACAGAAAACUGGACUCUUCGUAGAUACGUUCAGGACGAGAUUUCGGGAAGAAAGGGGUUACCUGAAAUAAACAGCCUCCUGGUCAAUCAGAUUUUACCAUCUCGCUCCGCAGCAGAUGAUAUUAAGCCUUGUCCACGAUGUGCAGCAUACAUAAUAAAAAUGAAUGAUGGAAGCUGCAAUCAUAUGACUUGUGCAGUAUGUGGUUGUGAGUUCUGUUGGCUCUGCAUGAAAGAAAUCUCUGACUUACACUAUCUAAGUCCAUCUGGCUGUACAUUUUGGGGAAAGAAACCUUGGAGUCGUAAAAAGAAGAUUCUGUGGCAGCUUGGCACAUUGGUUGGUGCUCCUGUUGGAAUAGCUCUCAUUGCAGGGAUUGCCAUUCCAGCCAUGAUUAUUGGGAUUCCGGUAUAUGUAGGCCGAAAGAUUCACAAUCGCUAUGAAGGAAAAGAUAUUUCAAAGCAUAAACGGAACUUGGCAAUCACUGGAGGCGUGACGUUAUCAGUAAUUGUUUCUCCGGUUGUUGCUGCAGUAACUGUAGGUAUAGGGGUUCCCAUUAUGCUGGCAUAUGUAUAUGGAGUAGUCCCCAUCUCGCUCUGCCGUAGUGGUGGCUGUGGUGUUUCUGCUGGCACUGGGAAGGGGGUGCGGAUAGAAUUCGAUGAUGAAAAUGAUAAUGCUGGUGGAGGAAAUGCAGCAUUGGAUACCACUUUUGUUGUUGAGGCUCGCAAUAACCCCAGUAUUGGAGAGGGCAGUGUUGGGGGCCUAACGGGCAGUUUGAGUGCCAGUGGCAGCCACAUGGAUAGAAUAGGUGCGAUACGAGACAACCUGAGUGAAACAGCAAGCACAAUGGCACUGGCUGGAGCUAGUAUCACAGGCAGCCUUUCCGGAAGUGUGAUGGUCAAUUGUUUCAAUAGAUUAGAGGUGCAGGCAGAUAUUCAAAAGGAACGCUGCAGCCUCAGUGGUGAAUCUGGCACGGUCAGCAUUGGGACCAUCAGUGACAAUGCCAGCACAAGGGCCAUGGCAGGAUCCAUUAUCAAUUCCUACAAUCCAUUGGACAGGGAAGGCAACAGUUUGGAGGUGCAAGUUGACAUUGAAUCAAAGCCUGCAAAGUUCAGACACAACAGUGGAAGCAGUAGUGUGGAAGACAGCAGCAUGCCUGGUCGUAGUGUAGCAAUUUUACCUACAGCCCCUGUCCUGGACAAUCGAUGCAGUGCUUCCAAGUGGCCGAAAGAAGCAGCUACAAAAAAGUGCAAGGGAAAGCUGCAGAAGAGAGGCAGUAUGAAGAUAAAUGAAACUCGGGAAGAAAUGGAUGCACAGUUACUUGAACAAAGAAGCACCAAUUCAAGUGAGUUUGAUUCUCCGUCACUUAGUGACAGUAUUCCAUCUGUGGCAGACUCUCACUCCAGCCACUUUUCAGAAUUUAGUGGAUCCGACAUGGAGAGCAUGAAGACUUCUUGUAGCCAUGGUUCGAGUGACUACCACAGUCGGUUUUCAGCAGUCAGUCCCUUACCAGAGGUGGAGAAUGAUCGUCUAGAGACAUGCCCAUCGCAAGGUGGUCUCAUUGCUUCUGUUACAACAGGGCCAAGUGCAGAUAUCUUGCAGUUGAGCUUCAUUGCAGAGGAGAACGGGGCUGCAACUUCAGGAGUAUCAAACUAUGCCACUGAAGAGGCAGAAAAUGUAACCAAUAAUAACCAGUUGCAACAGACCAGUGCAAUUCAAACUGAGAUUUAAUCCUUUCAUGCUGCGAUUCUGAUCAUAUGAUAUUGCUAAUCAGGCCUGCUUACAGUUGAUUAUAUGAUAAUUGAUAUAAAAAAAACCAAUAACUUGGAAACUGAAACCGGUGCUUAUUAACCAACAAGAUCAUGGAUUUUGACAGUCAGGGGUUAAACAUGUCAUUUGAGUGUCUCCAGUUCAGUGUAAAAGUCUGGGGACAUGAGUAGGUGCAGUUUUGUGAGAGGUGUUUAUUGGACAGUGCUGAUGUCUCACAGGUGACGUGAGAAAAGUGAUGGUCUUCCUCUGUCACUUAAAUGUGUGUGGUGUGUUGUAAAAUGGUAAAAGAAUGUGCAACUGAGCUUGUAAAACCCCAAAGUGCAAGCAGAAAUUCGUUGAAGGUUACGUCAGGAAAGAAACACUUUCUUGACUGUCGUUCCUUUCAGUUAUCAACAAUUGACUCUCCCUCACUGUUUCCUGGUGCCUUUGGAAAAGUCUGUUUAAUACCUGUUAUUAAGGAUAUAUUUAUACUUCUCUUUAAAAAGAAAACUGUAUUGGACUACAGUAUAUUGCAGGAGAAUGCUAAGGAAAUGCAGUUGGAUUAAAGUUAUGUAUAAUGAAUGAAGAUCUUAAAAAAUAUAACCCCAUAUUAGCCUACCAAAGACAAUACUCAGGCUUUAGAAAAUGUUUUGCAUAACAGAUUUAACUGGGUUCUUUGUUCUGAAAUAGCAAGCGUUCAAAGCAAAUGAAUGCUGCUGAUGCAGUUUGUUACAGACCGAAAGCACAGUGUAAAAUUUGCACUUUGCUUUGUUAGGAGCAUUAGAGAAGAUAGCUGAAGACUAUGGCCUUUUUUCUUCUUGUGUGGCAAGACACUAAAAAAAACUCUUGAGGGCUGUCUUCAGCCCGUAAUGGUGCACUGUUAAAAUUACAACAUACUUCACUGAAAUGCAAAAUAAAUUCAUUAAAUGUGAGUAUGUUUUGCGCAUUUAUGCAGUGUUUGGUUUAUGUUGCCAUGUUGAUAAUGCUUGAAAUCUUUUCCUUCUGAACAGAAGAAUAACAAAGUCGGAAGUUGCAGUCUUUUUAAUUUUCUUUAAAGCUUUGGAACAUAGUGCCAGUUACACUGUAUGUUGCAUAAUGCUUGUUUUGUUUUUUGUAUAUUUGUUUGCAAGCUGGUUUGCCUAACAGGAUGACUGUAAGAUGCAUAUCUAAAAUAAA